AGUGUGACCUGGACCAUUUGGAGGUACAUUUUGGGCAAAAGUGGAAGAAGUUAAAUGUUUCAAAUGGGGAUAAGCAAGAGGAAAGUGUCAGAGAUGAUGGCUAGGAUUGUGGCAACCGCUUCUAGAAGGAUAUGCAGGAGAAGUCAGAUUGGGAAAAAUGAGAACUUGCCUGUAGGUGCUGUCUGCAGCUUCUUCAUGAAAUAUCAAAAGGUGGGAGUGGCGGCUGGAAUCCAGUGCCCUUAAUGGAGGCUGCUGAGACUCAGGAAUCUUUAACACUGGAUCAGAGAUCAAGGAAAUCAUCUCUGGGAGAUAAUUCCCUGGGGAUCAAAAGGUGAAUCACAAAGAUGAAAGCUUCCUGUGCUGGCGCUUGCCUGCCCCUGCACCUUGCUGUUGAUGAUUACAAAGGAUUCAUGAGCCAACCAAUGAGUGGCAUCCAGAUCUGCUGACCAGAAGCAGGGCAGCCCUAGACAGCCUCUUGUGAGAGUCAGCUGGAAGCUGAAGGCUGAGGCCACUGUGCACAUUCUUGGCUCUGUGGUAUCAGGGCUGGAAGGAAGUCAUACAGGCAGAUUUGGCUGUGUCUCAAGGACUGUGAAAUUUUAGACACAGAAGCAGCAACAUGGCUCCUUAUCACAUCCGCACAUACCAGGAGAGUGAUCGAAAACCAGUGCUGGACUUGUACUCUACGGGUGUGACUGGGCACGUUACCGCCACCUACCGCUACAUGCUGACGCUGCCUGGAAUCCUACUGCUUGAGCUUGGGGUGCCCCUCUUCCUGCUCCUGCUCUCUGGCUCUUGGCUCUUGGCUGUCAUGUCCAGCCUCACUCUGCUCCUCUUCUUGUGGUUCCUUGUCAGAUACAUGUGGAAGCACAUAGUGGACACAACUUUGCGCACUGACCUGGCUGACAUCACCAAAUCCUACCUGAGUGCCUGUGACUCUUGUUUCUGGGUUGCCGAGUCUGGGGGGCAGGUGGUGGGCACUGUGGGUGCUCUGCCGGUGAAGAAUCCACCACCGGGGAAGAAGCAAUUGCAGCUGUUUCACCUCUCCGUGGCCGUGGAGCACCGAAGAGAGGGGAUAGCGAAAGCCCUGGUCAGGACUGUCCUCCAGUUUGCCCGGGACCAGGGCUAUGGUGAGGUUGUGCUUGAGACAACUAUGAUUCACCGCAGUGCCCUGGCCCUCUACCAGGGCAUGGGCUUCACAAAGACAGGCCAUUACUUUGUGAAUAUACUCUGGAAGGUAACAGGUAUUCCUAUGUUUCAUUUAAUGUACCACCUGCCUUCUGCUCAGGAUAGGGGCCUGUGAUCUAUUUGUUUUGUAUUAAUGGAAACCUGAUUGUGUCUGCUGUAGUUACAAACAAACUAUGACAUUUGUGUUACAAAUCAUAAAAUUUCAUUGGUUGUACCCAUCUGCAUCCAGCAUGUUUGAUGUGGCAUUCAGGCAGUGGCAGGUCCUCUCCAUUCUGUCUUUGUGGAUUGCCCCCACUUCAGUUUUCCAGUGGCAUGAUAAUGUUGCUUUAAAAACAACCACAUCACAAUAACAGACACAUGUUUUCUCAGAGGCUGUGGGCCAGCAGUUUCUUCUGGGUUUGGCUGAUGCCUUGCUGUUCUCAGCAUAUCUGUGCAAAUGUCUUGAGUGGGCUGCUGUUUGGGAUUCUGGGCUUCAUUCUGUUCCAGCGGUCUAACUGAGACAGGGUUCAUGGUGUCUAAAGAGCUCAAAACAAGAGUAGAAAGGUGCAAAAGCUUCUCCAAACUCCUUAGGUAUCACAUGUGGAAACAUCCCUUCUGAAGGCGAGAAAUUGAGCCAAAUCUAUAGUAAAGGAGGUACAGUCACAGAGCAAGAGGGCAGGAUUCAGUGCUGUAAGAACUGGGCAGUGAUAUGCUGUAUUUUCUCUCCUCUCUAGGGCAGUAGUGGUGAACUGUUUAGAGACCGAGUGCCCAAACUGCAACCCAAAGCCCACUUAUUUAUUGCAAACUUCAAGUAUUAGAUUUAACCUGAAUACUGAGAUUUUAGGUUUUUAAAAAAUGUUUUCCAGCGCUAGGCUCCUAGAGUGACUUGGCUCACAUGCUGACAGAGAGGUCACUGUGUGUCCACUGAGACACAUGUGCGAUAGGUUUUCCACCACCAUAGUGCAUGCAAAGAGCAGGAAGGCAGGAGGAGUUGCAGUAGAGAAUGUUUUCAGAGGGAGACCUGGAUACUGACCAGACCUGGAUUUAUAGUCAAGGGAGAGGUUUGUUCCUAUGUGUAUAGGAAGAGGGGAUGUUGAGAAAAUGACUGUCCCAGAUCUGUCACUACUGAGAUCCAGACUGGACCCAGCCCUGUCCCCAUAGGCUCCAGUACUAGCUGCCUUGUUCUGACCAUGUCAUCAUGGAAGUCCCAGUACAAGGGUGAGUGGGCAUGUGGGUCUGUGCUGAUUUUUGCAGGAUUGUCCCUGUUACCACAUACCACAUUUGUAACACUAGGGUGCCCACGGAGUUCUUGGAGUCUCCCCUUGUGUCCCCCAAUCCCAGGCUGACCUUCUGCAGAAUACAGGAGUUCAAGUACCCCUCAGCCAAGUUCUUGUAACAUGAAAGCAAUGAGGUGGAUACUCUCCUAGCCUGACAUGUAUCUUUCUCUCUACUGAAGCAUCUUCUGGAGUGCACCCUGCAUAAUCAUGUAGCUGACCCUGACACAGCCGCUUGCACCCUUUGCCCCUUUGCCACUUUGUUGGGAGCGGCUGAAGCUGGAAAUUUGUCAUAUGUGUGAGGGCAGGACAGAACCAGAGUGCCACAAGCAGUCAAGCUUUCUCGUUCUUGAGAAAACAUCCUGCCAGGACAAUCCAGUCAUAAGUCUCAUUAGUCACUAGGCAACCUUGCCUCUCAUGAUACUAACUUUGCAAGAGUAUAAGUAAAUGCCCCUACUGCUGUUCAGGUAAGAGGUCACCUCCAUCUGACCCAGCUCUUGUCUCUUGUCUAUCUUUUCCUCAUACCCGCUGCCAUUCCUUCCUUGGGUACACUGAGAGACCGACGAGUUCCCUACAUUUGACGCCUGAACUGGACACCCAGUGAGAGAGAGUAAGUGGGCAGUGGGUAUGCUUCCAGAGUGCAUGCAAUAGGGAGGGAAACGAACUGGUGAGAGCCAGUAUUCACAGCAUGCAGACAAUAUUGGCACAUCAGGUGUAGAGCAUGGGGAUGGAGGCUCAUUAGGGCCAGAAAUUCACUAGGGCCAGAGAGAUAAACACAUUUAAAGAGAAAAAGGUUUAAGAGAAGCAAAAGAAGAGAAAAGUAUGUUGAAUUGCUAGUAGAUAAAAUGAGACAAACAGAGUUUCAAGAACUGCAGAUGUUUAUAGAUGUAUAUAAAAAUGUUGUUUUCUUGGCUCCUGUAUUUACUUUUUUUUUUUUUUUUUUCCUGGAUUGUGGUUAGAAGGGGUAUUACAACCACACAUCUGGAAACUGUACUUUAAAAUCAAGUCUUAAGCCUGAAUGGGACAAGGAGAGCAGAGCAAUGGCGAUAAAGAUAGAGGUUAAACCCUCUAGCUUUGCUCAGUCAGAUGAAGAAGGAAAAGAUUCUUUUAAAUUGUGUGCAGCUAGUUCCCAGGGGUGCAGUGGCGCUGCCGAAGGGAGGGGAGCUAAAUGGGUUCAGGGAGAGCCCCACGCUGCAGUCCUAGGCAGACCCCGCUGGGAUUUCCCAGCCACCUGCGUGUCCCCGUGCCUGAUCCAGCCGCUUGAUCCGUGCCUGAAUCAACCACUGGCAUGUGCGCUAUUUGCACCGAAAAUUCAUUCGGCUCAAAAUAGUGCCUGAGCUUGAAAUUUGUACAAAAACAGGACAUCCAGCAGACAGAGUGGGAGCCCAGAGUGGGAGUGGGAGCCCAGAGCUGCCUCUGCUGUGCAGCCCUCCUGCCGGCAUUCACUUGGGGAGGAGGAAUGCGGGCGAGGGUUCUAAGACUGGAGCUGCUGCUAGCAGUUGGCCCAGCCCCAAGGCGAUGGAGCUGAGGCUGCUGCAGAGUCAGGAACAGAACUUUGUUCAAAUCACCCCAGACUGUCAUAUCACUCAGUUUGUCAUUCUUUCCUUGACAAAAUUUUUAAAAUUAUAAAUAAAUUUUUAAGAAAGGUUCCAAGGAUUUGGGUCUUGACACCUAUUGGGUUCAAAGAUAAAAUUGAUUAGUUGAAGAAAAAACAUUUUAGAAUGCUUUUAGACACAAGUGUGGAUGGCCUCCAGGUAUGGCAGCUACAGGUGCACAGUAACAGAAGUGCUAAAUUGAUAACCUAGAGGGAUGCAGAAGGCCAUUCAGCAGGGAAUAAAGCCUCACAGGGAAUAGAGCUGAUUUUAAAAGAGAAACUUUUAUAUUUUCCCCUUAAGGUGAUUAAUUUAAAAGGCUGUGUCCAUCCUCAAGGUAAAAACAUUUUGCCUUUAGUUAAAAAAAUCAUAUAUUCUGAGAUUUACAAUAAUGGGGAUAUUUUUAAAAAUUACUUAAAGUUCUCUUGAUUCCUAGUAAGGUUGAUAGCCCAUUUUACAGUCCUAAAUUAAAUUGGUAUAGAAAAACUUAAGUAUUUUACAAAUAGAUAUAACAGAUUGGAGUACAAUCUAAAAGCAGUGGUGUUUAAGCAGUCACUUGAUUUUGACAUUGCAUUUAAAUAAUGGCAGGCCUGGUAGUGGCCUCCAAAGAGGUACAAACUAUGAUAACUUCUUCAUAUUUGAGUCAACUUUGUAUUUGGGCCAACUUACCCAAGACAAUUUACCAUAAACUGUUCAGAUCAACCUAAAAUGAUUUUCAGAUUUUAUUUGGUAAUAUUAAUUGGCUCUGUCCAGAUUUUGGGCUAAUUUCUCU